GGGGAGAGCGUCCAAUCCGGAGUUCGAUACACACCCCCGCCCACCUCACGUGACGGGCCCCGUACACGCCUGCUCACGUGAUGAGAGCACUGUGUGGCCGUCCGGUGACGUCACCUGCGGUCAAAAAAUCGGGGAAAAUAAUGACGUCAGUUGUGGCCGAGCGGAUGUCCUGCACAUGUGUGACGUCAGCCGCGGUGCGGGCGGAUAUCCGGUGAUGGCUCGGUGGAUGGAGAUGUGAUUCCCGCUCGGCAUGUCCCGGAGAGCGACGGCCCAGGGUAAUGGCGACCCGGCUCCGGAGAGGCGAGCGCCGGAGGAUUUGGCCGUCGGAAGCCGAGAGAUGGAAGAGAAAGCGACAUCCAGGACGAGUCAGGAUGCGCCUCAGCCGCUGUCAGACUCCGAGAACGAGGAGCCCUUCCCCCGCAGGACAUCAUACCGAUCCGCAUUCGUCUCCAAAACCAACCCCAACCCCUUCACCUCUCUAUCAUGGAGUCUUCAGUCCAGAUUGGAACGUAGUCAGAGCUGCAGCGAUCAUGUGACCGAGAGCCUCCCCCCUGCCCAGGGCCGCAGGAGACCCCAACCACAGAAAACCAAGGUGUUCCCUGGUGUCGGUGGUUUGGGUGUCUUCACCGGCGUCCUCCUUUCCACCGAGAACAGCCGCUCCUUCUCAGCGCCGGUCCUGACCUCGGAGAGACGAGUGACCAUCACCGCCCUGAACUCCUUCACCCCCCUGCACAAGCCGGAGAGAUCCAUCAGCCCCGAGAGCAACGACAGCAUCUCCGAGGAGCUGAACCACUUCAAGCCCAUCGUCUGCUCCCCCUGCACCCCACCCAAGAGGCUCCCGGACGGGCAGGUCCUGAGCCCGGUCAUCAUCAAGUCCACCCCGAGGAACCUGCGGAGAAACCUGCAGAAGCCCACCAGCUACGAGGCCAGCCCGGUCAUCCUGAAGAAGUGGGAGCAGGUGUUCAAGGACCGGCAGAUGAAGAGGACUCUGUCCAAAGGGACCCUGACCACACCCGCCGAAGAGGGCAGCAUCGGGACCACCGCUAAGAAGGUGGCGGAUCUCCAGGCUAAACCUGGGGCGGACCCCGGACUUGUACCCUCUUCCAGUCAGGAGGCGGCUUUGGUGACCCCGCCCCUAGCUUGCAGCGGGUGUCUUCAUGGCAAAGACCCCCGCCCCGAACCCGUCACCGACAAAGACUUCCUAGAAGUGGGCACCAAGACCCGUCUGGCCGCCCGGUUGACCUCCAACAAAAAGACAAUCCCCCAGUGCAAGUGCUUGUUAGCCAAACCCAUGAAGCCGCCGGCGCUAAAGCGGGCGCCAAAGAAAAAGAACGCUCAGCCCAUGGGGCUACCGAACGGCACCGGCUUUGCCGCCGCCACCGCUGCCGUGGAAAACAUCGGUUACCCCCCGCAGCGCCGGGGGCAAAAGAGACGCUGUAAAACCAAACACUUGGAAAGGAACGGCGCCUUCAAGAGACUGCGGGUGACCUGCCGGGCGGGCGGGGGCGCCGGUCAGGGCGGGUUCGAGCGGAUCUGGCGCGAAACGGAAAAGAAGCUGCGCCAGGAGGAGGAGGACAAGAAGCUGGCCUUAAAGCUGCAGAAGAUGUUCGACAAGGAGCGGCGGAUGGUGAAGCGGUGCAAGAGCAGCAGAGACGAGUACCCGCUGCGCUCCAAGAGCACCGCCGGCGCCACCUAGAGACACAUUUUUAUACCAGCUACUUUUUUUCUAUGUUAUGUAUGGACGAUUGAAAGGAAUUUGGAGGGGUUGGGGGAUG